ACGUGACUUGAAAUUGAAUGAUAUGGAUUUCCUUUUGGCUUGUGUUUUUAAACAUGUUUCUUUUUUGCGGACCUUUCAAAUUUCAAGUCAUUUUGGCGACUGUCGGUUAUUUUCCGCGGUUGUCUUGUUGCCGUCUGAUCAUUGGUGAGUGAAUCAACUUUCUAAUUGGACUGUUACAUAUCACCAAUGAGAUACAGCGCUGCUUCACCAAUCGUAAGCGCCAAACUGCAAUCCCCCAGAAGCUAUUAAAAGGGCGAGUGCGGUACGAUUUCCUCAUUCGUGUACAGUAAUUAGUCGGAAUGUCUGGACGAGGGAAAACCGGUGGAAAAGCUCGGACCAAACCCAAAUCUCGCUCGUCCCGGGCCGGACUGCAGUUCCCGGUGGGCCGUGUUCACAGGCUUCUGAGGAAAGGUAACUAUGCUAAGCGGGUGGGUGCUGGAGCCCCGGUAUACAUGGCUGCUGUGCUCGAGUAUCUAACGGCUGAAAUCCUGGAGCUGGCCGGUAACGCGGCCCGGGACAACAAGAAGACCCGCAUCACCCCCAGACACCUACAGCUGGCUGUCCGCAACGACGAGGAGCUCAACAAGCUGAUGGGAAAGGUGACCAUCGCUCAGGGCGGGGUGCUGCCCAAUAUCCAGGCCGUGUUGUUGCCCAAGAAAACCAGCGCGGCCGCCAAAACCAAGAUGGAGUUAAAGGGAAAAAUGUCUGGACGAGGGAAAACCGGUGGCAAAGCUCGGACCAAACCCAAAUCUCGCUCGUCCCGGGCCGGACUGCAGUUCCCGGUGGGCCGUGUUCACAGGCUUCUGAGGAAAGGUAACUAUGCUAAGCGGGUGGGUGCUGGAGCCCCGGUAUACAUGGCUGCUGUGCUCGAGUAUCUAACGGCUGAAAUCCUGGAGCUGGCCGGUAACGCGGCCCGGGACAACAAGAAGACCCGCAUCACCCCCAGACACUUACAGUUGGCUGUCCGCAACGACGAGGAGCUCAACAAGCUGAUGGGAAAGGUGACCAUCGCUCAGGGCGGGGUGCUGCCCAAUAUCCAGGCCGUGUUGUUGCCCAAGAAAACCAGCGCGACCACCAAAACCAAGUAAUUUGACGAAAUAUUUACGUAACGAUCCAAAGGCUCUUUUAAGAGCCACCCACAGUUUCUCUGGAAGAGCUCAGUACCAGUUCACUACAACCGUUCUUUGUUUAUACUACAGACGAGUCUCCGCCUGGCUGCCGGUCUAAAUCCCGCAGAGUAAAGACUAGCUAACUGCGCACCAAGAGCUGCGUCUCAAACCCGAACCCUCCCAGUUCCAUUUUUCUUAGUCUUUUCUAUUCAGCCCGUUCUUUAAACCUAGAAAUAUGGACGAGGGGACCCCCCCCGCACUUCCAGUAUGAAACACCUGCUCUCAUUGGUACAUGGACAAUAGGUGCAGGAGUAGGCUCAUCGAGCCAGCAGCGCCGUUCAUGGCUGAUCAUCCACAAUCAGUACCCCUUUCCUGUUUAUCCCCACACCCCUUGAUUCCGCUAGCCCUAAGAACUCUAUCUAACUCUUUUAAAUGCACCCAGUGAAUCGGCCUCCACUACCCUCGGAGGCAGAGACUUUCACAAAUUCACAACUCUCUGGGUGAAGACGUAUUUGCUCAUCUCAGUUUUAAAUGGCAUCCCCCUUAUUCCUAAAUUGUGGCCCGAUUCUGUACUCCUCCAACAUCGGUAACAUGUUUCCUGCAUCUGGCGUGUCAAAUCCCUUAAUAAUUUGUUUAUAAGAUAUCCUCUCAUCCUUCUAAAUUCUAGUGAAUACAAGCCCAGUCGCUCCAUUCUUUCAUCGUGUGACACUCCUGCCAUCCGGGUGAGGGGAGCAGCCCAUUCAGAGAGUGGCUUCUUGCACCAAGGAACAGGCGGCAACAAGAAACCAACGGUCAGUCCCCAAAAAUGAGCUGAAGCUUGAAAAGUCCGCCAAUUUGUUUUUUCAAGAAUAUUGUAUUUGUUUUGGGAAAUUAUAAUCUCAGAUCUUGGAUUCCUCAUUUCGCCCGUCACAUGUUCCCGAUCCAUUAACAAGAGAAACGGGGUGAAUUAAUUAUCCGACAUGAGAGAUUCUGCGAAUUUAGUUUUACAUACAUUUCAUAUUAACUGGUAAACAAUGGGACAAACGCGUUUCACUGAACAGAACCCUAUGAUCUUUGAACAUAACGGGCGGGUUUCUGUGUAAACAACAUUAUGUUAUGGUUGAAGAUAGACACAAUCUUCUGGAGUAACUCAGCGGGGCAGGCAGCAUCGCUGAAGAGAAAGAAUGGGUCGAGACCCUUCUUCAGAGCAGUCGGUUCACUGCUCACAAACCGUGAAGGGUGCGAGGCUGGCGACAGGACUGUAAACCUGUUGUGAUCUCAGUAAAAGCGGGAUGUUAGAAAUUUACAAUAUGGCCGCGGUUUGAUCAACCGAAACAUCAUUUAAAAUAUUGUACUUGCCGAUGCAAAAGUCCCCAUACUAUUCUAUGUCGAAAUAAUGCUACAACUCUUUCAGUGAGAUUGUGGGUGGCCCUUAAAAUAGCCGUUGGGUUUUCGGUUCAUCAUGAUUGAGAAUCUUUACUUCGAGCUGGUAUACUUGGUCACCGUCUUUGUCCCUUCCGACACGGCGUGCUUGGCCAGCUCCCCGUGCAGCAGCAGGCACACGGCGGUCUGGAUCAAAGAUCUUAUAGCUAUAAGAUCUUUGGUCUGGAUCUCCCGGGAGCUGAUGGUCGACCGCUCUUUGACUGACAGUGCCGGGGAGGAGGAUCCGCUGCCCAGAGUCAUCACUUCUCUCCUUGGAACAAUGGAGGUGGCGACGAGGAUGUCACGCAGGAGCCAGGCUGGGGAAAGACGGCAGAUGGGCCUUUCCUUCAGGCCAGUUCCGGUGGGACUGGACAAAUCAAAGAUCUUUAAGAUUUUAAGAAAUUAAUGAUAUUGUAUCUUGGCGACAAAGUGCUGGAUUGAAAGGCACGUUCUCAGUUCGACAACAGGACAGCCGUCACCACACAUGGAAUACCAGAGACAAUUCACUCUCAAUCCUUGUCCAUGUUCUGAGACGCUAUAUCUUGAAAACAGGAGACUUGGCUUAGCAGGAAAAUCAGAGCAAUUUUCGAAGACAUGGAUUCCAUUCAUUGAUUCCUUACAAGGAUAGUAUGGUGCAACACAACUUCUGAAUUAAACCGACUUACGGACUGGGUGAUGGAUGGGGAGAGAAAUGAAGCAGAGGCCCAGGAGCCGUUACAGAGGGAGGAGCGACCUGCGUGUGGUGAGUGUAAAAACCCAUCGCGGGGCUUGUUUCAACAGAGGCCCAGGAGCCGUUACAGAGGGAGGAGCGACCUGCGUGUGGUGAGUGUAAAAACCCAUCGCGGGGCUUGUCUCAACAGAGGCCCAGGAGCCGUUACAGAGGGAGGAGCGACCUGCGUGUGGUGAGUGUAAAAACCCAUCGCGGGGCUUGUCUCAA